UCUCUAUUAUUAACAUUCAACUUUUUAACUAGCUACCCAAACCUCGCAAAUUAUUAUCCGAACUACUUGUACAACGCGCGCGUUUGAAAGAAAACUAUUGGAGUAAACCAUAGAGAUACAUGGGUGACGACACGCAUAUGGAAACGGUGGGCCCUCUCAUGAAAAUACAUUCGAGUCGCGGCCGCCAAUCGGAGCGAGCGGCACGGGCCAAUCGGAGCGCGAUACUCCGCGAGGUUUGGCGCGCAGAACGGCGGUGGCCGAGUGCGUUCCGGCGCCACCGGUAGGGCGCGUCGCGGUAGCCGGUUACCAGUUCGCACCAAGCGUUGACGUUUCUGCGGCGAGAUCCAGUUUCCUUUAAGCCGCUCUCGCGUGUUUGUCUGUUCUCGUCGCGUCGUGCGUCCUACCGAUUAUAUUAUUUUCUCCUCCUCCCCCCUUCCCCGUCCGCGUACACGAGAUCGGUCGUUACGUACGGUGCUGGAGGUAUCCGCGGGCGAUAUACACAACACGCUCGUGUCGUCGUCGUCGUCGUCGUCAUCGUUGCCGUCGUUUGUCGCCGUCGUCGUCGUCAUCGCCGCCGCCGCCGCCGCCGCCGCCGCCGUCGUCGUCGUCGCUCUCGCUUUCGCUGUCGCCGUCGCCGUCGCCGUCGUGCAGCGCCUGAGUGCCCCGUUACAAACGCAUCGGCCGGUGUUCAACAACGGAGGAUGGCAUUCAACGGAGACGGUCCGCACUCGAAGAGGCAGCGGCUCGAGGAAUCCGGACACAGGAAUCAUGAGUAUGGCGGGUAUGGGGACGAGCCACGUCGAAAAAGAGAAGACAAUAAUAAACCGAACCACGUCCUCCUCUUCACAAUAAUCAAUCCAGUUUACCCCAUCACUGUGGAAGUGUUACACACGAUCAGCGCGCCCAGCGGGCAGGUUCAACGCAUCGUAAUCUUUAAGAAAAAUGGCGUGCAGGCCAUGGUCGAGUUUGACAAUGUGGAAUCAGCAACCAGAGCAAAGGAAGCGCUACAUGGGGCAGACAUAUACUCCGGCUGCUGCACACUAAAAAUCGACUUUGCAAAGCCGUCGAAGCUCAACGUCUACAAGAACGACGCCGAGAGCUGGGACUACACAACGCCGGCGCUGGGCUCGAGCACACAUAAAAAUGACGCGACAGGAAAUGGAAGGCCAGCUCCCCUUUUGGCUGAGCCAAGAUACGGCGCGGCGCCCCAGCCGUACGGCUCCACGCCGCAGGUCACCUUCCCGCCGGGCGCCGGUCACGAUCGUUACGAGGAGAACUUCAACGGGCCGGCGACGUACGCGGAGCCGUACGUCGAGCGUUACGGCAUCAAGAGCGACUUCAGCGGCCGCGAGCCGUUACAUCCCACGCCACCGCGGCCGGGGUACGUGCCCACCCUGGGCCAGACGCCGCCCUCCAGCACGCAGGGUUCGGUCAUGAUGGUGUACGGACUGCAGCCGGACAAAGUCAAUACCGACAAGCUCUUCAACCUGUUCUGCUUGUACGGCAACGUGACGAAGGUUAAAUUCUUGAAAACAAAGGAGGGCUGCGCGAUGAUACAGAUGGGAGACAGCAUAGCCGUGGAGCGAUGUCUGCAGAAUCUGAACAACGUCACGAUCGGGACGGACGGCAGGCUGCAGCUCGGCUUCUCGAAGCAGGCCUUCCUUUCGGAUGUGACCAACCCCUACAUUCUACCCGACAAGACAGCGAGCUUCAAGGACUUCACGGGCAGCAAGAAUAACAGAUUCCUGAACCCGGCGAUGGCCAAUAAGAACAGGAUACAACCACCGUCGAAGAUAGUCCACUUCUUCAAUACUCCGCCUGACCUAACCGAGGAGACGGUGAAUCGCGUGUUCGUGGAGCGCGGCAUCGAGGCACCGACGACGAUCAAGCUGUUCCCCCUCAAGUCCGAGCGAUCGUCCUCCGGCCUGAUCGAAUUCAGCAGCGUCGGCGUCGCGGUUGCCGCUAUCAUGGAGUGCAAUCACACGGCGCUCGAGAACAGCAACGGCAAGUUCCCCUACAUCAUGAAGCUCUGUUUCUCGUCGUCGCGCACCAUACCCACGAGCUUCCCACCGAGCAGCGGCAGCGCGUCGAGCAAUUCCGCCGGUAAUGGCCACGUCAAAAUGCAGCAGGACUCGGAAUAGAACGGCGAGGUCCAGGGCCAACAGCGUCAGCGUCAGCGCCAGCGCCCCUCACUCGCCGCCCUGCACCCGUUGUGUGCCCCCGCGACGGCGGGCACGGCCCUGCACCCCGCAGCCGCAGCGUUAACGCUGUCCCCAGUCCUACCGCCGCCGCCGCCACCGGUACCGCCACCCCUGCCGCCGCCCACCUGUCUCCUGAUAGCCACGCCGACCCUCUAUCCGACCGUGCCGCCACCACCCCCGCCCCCGUUGCCAACCUUUUGGCCCUACUGAUGAUACACUGGCGGGCCUACCACACGUCGUCGGCCGGACGAGAGACGAACGCACGCGGGGACGAUUCACCGGCUCUCCGAGGAUGAGAAGAUACGAGGAAAAUGACCCGAGGGCGACACCGGAUCGUCGCCGCGGCAAAAGGGAAACGUAUGACGUCGCUGCGACGUGUGUCGGGUGUUUAUUUUUGAUCGAACGCGACAGACAGAGAGACGACCGGCGGCCGUUCUGCUGGCCGCCGCCGAAGUCUACCGGGUUCGAAAAGGGUAUCCGCGUGAGUAUUCUUGGACACGACGUCUCUCUCUCUCUCUGUCGGGGGGUCUUCAUCGCGGUCGCGGUCGAAGGCUUGGUAAAAAGGCUUUUCGACGACAUGGUGUGUAACUCGACGCCGUGUAACGGUACGCGUGUCUCCUGCUGGAGAUGCGAGACAGUUGUCAACGCGGCUCGGAUCUCGGCGUCCGACGGGAGGAGGGGUGGUGGUGGGGUGUUAAGUGCAACGACACGUCGGAGUAGCAGCGUCGGUGCCGUUGAAGUCAUGGGGAAUCCUUCGCGGCCGGCUGGUCACGAUUUUCGCGACGCUAGCCCGCGGGCUAGAGCGAGAAGACGGACGGCACGCCGCGUUCCAAUUUUGGAGACCCCUGUAAAUAGCUCGGAGACCAGCGGCCUCCGACGCGCAUACAUAUCAAAGGGCUUGGAAGUAAAUCUGUAUGUUUCGCGAGGAACACCGUGCGCGCGUACUUUCGUAGAAACGCUUCUCGCUCGAGGAAUCGGCUGCGGUGCUCAGGUAUUUCUUUGAAAAAGGGAGUGAAAAAAAAAGAUAAAUAAAGAUCGUCUCUCGAGCAAGGCUGCGAAUCGCCUCAUGAGAGAAACGGUUCGGAUGAAGACGGUCUAAAGGGGAUAGAAACUUGUUGGUCGAGAGAAAACGGUAGCACUCCAUUAAGCUGAGAGAGAUGGAACGGCUCGAGGAUACUGAAGCUGUCUCUCGGAAGAGAGGCAGAACUCGUGAGAAGUUCAACUCCUGCGAAAGAGAAAUCGUUUUUCUGAAAGAGAGUUAAAAAUACGAUUUAUCAGAAAAGGAACGGUUGAGAGGUGAUAGAGAGCUCUCUCGGUAUGACUGAAAGAAGAUGGAAUCUGUUUCCUGAUGGCCGUCAAAAAGGUAUCCAUUGCGGGGUACUAUUGAUCCUUUUGGUGAUGUGAAAACGCUCGAGGACGGUCCGACAUCUCUUUGAGGAAGGGAAUCGCCCGAGGAAGAUCGAACCUCUCAGAAGAAGGGGCAACUGAGAAGAUCGAGGAAAUCCUCUCGGAAGAGGCGCGGUUUCGAGGAAACUGGAGGAGCCAGCCGUGCCGAGAGUGCGAAAAGUGCGGAAUCCCUUGUGAUUGCUCGCGAAGCAGACAGGUGGGCGCUGCUUCCACGCAAAGUCCGGACAUAUAUAUGGCGUCACGACCGCGACGAGACACGGCUCUCUCGUUCGUUCGCUCACGUCUCACGAUCCAACUCACAUCCCAAAACUUACGGCGUCGCACGCGCGCGCGUGAUGCCACGACAUUUAUUUCUUGAAGCUGCGAGCCGCACGCUCCUCGACGACCAUACACUGUGGGAUCCAAUGAACGAAGAAGAACCGGAGAUUUCUCAGCGACCACUUAUUUAAAAAAAAAAAACAUGGGAAUAGAAUUUUAUGCGAGUGUUCAGAGGAAUGAUCUGAAUCAAUCGUGCUUCAAAAAAAAAAAAAAAAAAAACUAGGCGACCUGCGAGAACGCAGCCAAACCCCGCUUUAAGUGUCAUGUAACGCGCUGCUCCAUCGUCGUCGUGAUAAUCUCGACCCGCGACGAGCAUCGUGCGGCAAUGUUCUCCUCAGGCGCCGCUUACUGUACAUCUAUAUUUUUUUUUUUAACAUUAACGUUGAUAUAUUUUAACACUCAUCCGGAUAACCUGAUUUUUUGUAAUGCAAAAAUAAUGAUUUCCUAUUUAGAACUCUUUGGUAAACGUGGCGAUAAUUUAGAUGGCCGAAUGAUUUGCUACAACAACAUUGUAAUCCACAUAGAGCAACUUUUGCAUGCAAUUCUCCUCUGCGAUUUUUGCACUUAAUCCUUAUUAAUCUAUAUGCCGCUGAAGAGCGCGAGAAUAUUUUAUCGGGGCCAUAAUCGAAUUUACAAAGAAAUUUGAGCUAUAAGACUUACAUCGCUUUUGCUCUUGUGGUUUACCGUGUUUUUGUACUAGACGAUUGUUUAGAUUUUCGAAUCUAAUUGCAAAUUUUAUUUUAAUUAUGAUAUGAUCGCGUUUUGCUUCGUAUGAAACUAAGGAAAUCAGAAGGAAAAACGAAUAAUAAUAUUUAUCGACAAUUGUUACAUAAUAUCUGUUUAAUAAGUGCUUUUUUUUCAAUUUAAACUUUGUUGCGUUAUAGCUUUAGAUCUUUAUAAUUUGAAAUAAGAAAAAAUAAUAAAGCGUCACCAUUUUUUAAUGACACUUUUAAUUGAGAAAAAAAAUGGCAGUGAUUUCUUUUCGCGGAAAAGAAUUACGAGAAUGGAAUUUCUGCCGAUUCCGGUUACCCGGAUAAGGGUUAAUCCCUCGAACGAACGUGAAUGUUCGUUACCGAUUUUUCACCACCGGGGCGGCAACGUGAAAAUUUCUAUGGACUCUGGCCCUGACCUUUUCUUUCGUCGCGCGGGGCUUCUCGUGGGUCCUAAACGUUAACAAUAAAGUUCUCUAGACUGCUACCAAUUAAGAGGAUUAAAUCCGCUAUCCGCUCACUUGCGUACACCUCCGCUUCUCCAGUCGAAUAAACGAAGGAAUUCCCGGCUCACACCUUUUCCUCCUCCUCCCCCUCUUCCCUUUCCACUUCCUCUUCCACUUCAAGCUGUAGUGUUCAGGUUGCGACGAGACGACACGUAUCGCGGUGCUCGCACGCUCGAACGAGCGCCCGCGUGGCACUCUUACACCUUUGAUCAGAUCGUGGACUGCGAAUGAAGAGUUUUAUAUAUCGAAGCAAAAAAAAAAGAAUAAAAAAACACGUACACACGAUAAUAAAAGAACAAUGAAGUCGACGACACAACACACAAUAUAUUAGUGUCCCUCGGUAAUAUUUUGUCGGGCCGGGGGGCGUUUUUAUAAGAAUGGUUUUAGAUCUCCGAACAAAUUUUGUGCGAAGCGAACCAAACGACUACUACUAAAAUAAAUAAAUAGACUCUUUGACUUUUCUCGGCCAUACGUAACGUAAGAUAAUAAGGGCCGAAACGCGCGCGCCCUUGAGAUAUGCGUGAAUAUCAACCCGCCGUUUUGUCCAUUGCCCGUGUGAAAGAGAGAGAGAGAGAGAGAAGGAGCGAAAGAGUGGGAGAGAUAGAGAAAGAAAGAGACCUAUAUAAACGCAAAUGAGAUAUAAUUUAAAUAAGAGUAUAAAGUUUAUAUUCGAGGCAAUAUUUGUUACAAUACGACACUAGGGAAUAAGUUGUGUGUACCGUUUUAAAGAAAAAGAAAAAAAAGGCGGCUUUGGCUCGCCGCGAAGAGGACGCUGAAACUGUCGAAACGAUCGCAUAAAUAAGGGAUCGACGUAUCGACGCGGGACGCGUGAAUGCGUGAACGCGAGAGCAAAGGGGAUAAUAAAAGGAGAACAAAUAAAUGGUACUAAGCGACGCGCGCCGGUUCAUUGCGCGUCGCGUCCGUCGUUUCGUUAUCUUGCACUUGGACUCACGGUUGCGUUCGCGUUCCAACGAUACAUAGAUUACUUUUUAUCACGUGGGGUCCCCGGAAACCCGGAUCCUAUCCGGGGGAUGAAGCGAAAAAUUGUUUUACAUCACAUUCUUCUAUUUUUAUUAUUAUUAAUAUUAUUCUGUAAUUACAUAUGUGUAAAAUUUAAGUCGCGCCCGUAGGGGAGUACACAUCACGUUUUGUCCGAGGAGCCCUUCGAGGUUUUUUGAUUUAGUGAAAACCAGGACCUAAGGCGUAUUAAGGCAAAUUAGUCUCUAAGCAGUUUAGGACGUGUAACCAUAUCAUACAGUUUUGUAGAUAAAUAUAUAUAAAAUACAUAUACAUAUAUAUAUAUAUUUAUGUGAUGCGGAGCACGGCGUUUAAAUCAAGAGUGUAUGUCGCUGCGUACUCGAUGCCCGAUGGACGAAUAUUCGAGAUAAGAUAUGUCACCGUGUCAUAAUAAUUACCCGAGAUCGCACUUGCGAGUAGGAAGUUCACUCAAUGCUAAUUUCAGAUAUUUUGAAAAGUGCAACUUUCCUUUAAAGAAUUUUGUCUUAAAUUCUCACAUUAAUGAGAAAAAUUUUUUUAAUUAUUUUUACUCGCGCUUGUCGCGUGAAUAAGCUACGCUUUUCUUUUAUUCUUUUUUUUUAAUAUUCAAGUCUUUCGUGUCAUUCUUAUUAACAAACGUUUACUAUGCUUUUUUUGCGCGGCUAUUUUAAAAAAUACGCGAUACAUUGAUGAAAAAAAAGACAGAAGAGAAAUCGUAGUCUUUUUUUUUCAAUAGAUUUAAUACAUGUGCUUUCACGGAGAGUUGAUUCUUUUUUUCUUGCACGGAAAAGAGAGAAACACAUUUUCGAUUUCGAGGAAAUUACGUAGCCAGCGGUGCAUCGUUUUCCAUCGGCAUCUCGACGGAGCGGCAUUCUCGCGCGAGACGAGAAUUCCGCUUCGGGUUUAACGGGACGCGUCGCGAGAGGAACGCGCGCUAAAUCGUGGGAUCGAGCACGCAUGGACCAGACUGUCGCUUAUUUUCUGACACUUUACCCGCGCGCUAAGACUCCGGUAAAGUAAGGAACGUAUGUAGAACGUAUUUACAACGAACGCUCGUUUAACACAUUCGUCCCGGUCGCCGUAUUUUCGAUCCGGCGCGAAAACACGCAAACGGGGAUGAAAAGUGUCCCGAGCGUGUCCACCCGUCUCCCCCUCCUCCUCGACGUUCGACGAUCUUUACAUUUAACCCUUUUUCACGCGCGUGCUAAAGAUAAUUAGAACAAAACGAAAUUAAAAAAAAAAAAACCCGAGAGCCGAGUUCUAGACUUGGCAUUGUAGACGCGGCUGAUGGUCCCUAAUGAUAGACGUUAAACGAGGACCGUAGAAGAGUAGUGUUGAAGAAGAAGAACGAAGUGAGAGCGAAGAGACUUUAGGCAGUUUCUUAGUUCGCGGGAAAUUCCCUAAGGAUAGCCGCUUGGUAAUGUCGCGCGAUAGAGUAACUGGCCGGGUGGAAGAGGGUUAAAUCUGAACAGAUACAUAACGUAAAAGUAAAUAAAUAUAUUAUAUACAUGUAUAUCAUUUCGAGUACUGUGCAUCAGAAGAUGACGAGCCUCGCGCGAAAGGGUUGGGGGAGGGGGGGCGGAGAAGCUCACACGGAUUGCAUAUCGACCCUCGACCGGAGCGCCCACGUCGAUGUGACAGAACUGUAGAAAAUCUCCCGGGAGAUCGUAUCGCACCGUACCGUAAUUGCGCGUCGUAUCGAAGGAGUUACGAUCAGGAGAAACGACGACGAGAUGUGCCCACGAACGGCGAUAACGUACAAGAUAUUCGGUCGUUCCGUUACGUGUCACCGGACGAGCUUGCAUUUUCGUGUAGCCACCGUCGAGAGAUGUUUAAUUCCGCCGGAUCGAACGUUUUCUUAACAACAACUAAAUUUGUUUGCAGUUUGUGUAUUUAUUUUGGAAACGAAAAAAAAGGGGGGGGGGGAGGGAAAUGUCCUAUCGCGGGGAAGGGCACAUCCGAUUGAUCGAAACGAAAAAGAAAUUUAGGCUCGAGGAGGGGGUAAACAUUCAAAAUGUAAACCUCGGGAGCUUGCCGCUACAGUUAAGGGUUGAAAUAGGGUGAUACGUAGAUAGACAUAGAAAAGACACACGUUUACGACGUAAGAUUGAUCGCGCGUCUCUUUCCAGUGGACGAAGAUAUAGAUGUACAUAGCUUAAUCUAUCCUUUUUUUUUUUUUGGUACGAAGAGGAAACCCCCUACAAAAGUAAGUUCGCGUACUCUCUCUCUCUUGCGCUAAGUGUCACGCUUAUAUAGUGGAUCUAAUUAAAUUAAACACGUCGGUGGACGAGAAACGAUAAAUCGACAAAUAUCGUUAUGUCGCGGAGUAAAUAAAUAAAUAAAUAUACACCGCGUAGUACAGAUAAUCCGGGACGGUCUCGCGGAGACAUCUUCUGGUGAACAGGUUCUAAACGUGUACAAAAUCAAAUUGUAAUUUGGUAGCCCGUAGUGUAUCCUGUAAAACGGUACAGUAUUCCAGGUAGAGUGGUAUACAUAGCACUGUGUAUGUAAGCACGACUAUACAUGUUACUUCACACAGAUACACGUGCGUACACGCGUACAUACAUGCAUAAAAAUAAAUAAAAAAACACCGAACUCGAGGUUGUAAAGAUGAGCCAUCUGUGUCGAUAAUUAAUUGUAACUUUGAGAGCAAGCUAUGGAUAAUAACUGGUUCUAGAUCUUACUAAUACAUAUCCCAUCUAUAUGUAUAUAUUUGCAAUCGCAUGAAAAUUAAUUGAUUAAUUAUCGAUAAUGUAAUUAUCAUUAUCUUUAUUAUUAGUGUUAUGAUUAUUUAUGGCCCACGGCCGCGUUGCGAAAGCCCUGGGGCUGAAUAAGUAUGUUAAAUGGACGUUGCGUUUAAGGCGUUAGGUUAAUGCUCGUUAGUUAGAUACUUAGGUGGUUACUGCAGCGUAGGUACAUAUCGUUAAUAUUGUUAUUAAUGGUAUUGCGAAAGGGUAUUAAUACCGAUGCGCUUUGAUUUCUUUUGUAUACUCGAAAAACGAGUUCCACACUUUUCCGAUCUUCUCUGUCGUUGUCGGGCGGACUUUUUCCAUUUUAAAACAAGAAAGUCAACUUUACUUGUCACUCUGAAAUGAUUACAUUACCUGCAAAAUUACCAACACAAAAAGAUUUGCAUUAACAUAACCCUUUGCGAUUAAAUUAAUUUAGUCGAAAAGAACAAAAUAAAUAAAAUUUUUCUUAAGCUGCACUCUUUGAUGUAAUUAAUUUGUAUCGAGUCAAUUCAUUGGAUCACAUCAUUAUCUUUUAAAAUAUCUCACAAAAGCACUGUUGUACCACAACAUUCUUAUAAUAUAGUGAUUUUAUUUUAACUAUUUGAUAUUAUAGAUAAGUAAAUCCGUGUAAAUCUUUUAUUUUACACCAGUUACUUAAAUUUUAAUCAAUGCAAACUUAUAAUUUCCGUUUUGAACCGAAUCCAGGAAUGCGCGACAGAUAAUAUCACAAACAAAACGAAUCAAAGCGCAGUGUAGCCUUUCUAGCGAUCCCCAACGAAACCCAAGUAUUACCGGUGACAUAUACCUUCUCCUACAUAUCAAAUUCUAGACACCCCGAGCACUACCAUGCGCCAUAUCAAUGUUUCUAAGUGUCCACCCCCCUCUCUCGGUGUGUCCUCUCCUUCUCGUCUCCCCUGCCUUUUGCCUUUCGACGUUCCAAGUGAAAAUUAGAGGCACGCCGAUUACCGAUCACUUUGCCCCUCUGUUCCAUCCUCCCCUCUCGCGUCCUUCAUCCUGCACCUUUUAUACCCUGUUUCCAACCAAAUUUUCCCACCUCGUUAUUGUACAUCGGAGCCGGAAGGGUCUCUAAGCUCUGUCUUCCCAUCGCUGCGUGAAAAAAAAGACAAAUUAGAUGUAAUAAGAUUUGUUGACUGUGUACACGUAUACACAUUAUUAUUAACGCAUCGAUCAUGUGCAUCACCAGCAUACACAUCCACCCACUCGCACACGACACCAGUUCACACACCACCGCGACACGACGGGGAACACGAGACCGCAGCCGCUGCGUCAGGAUAGUCCAACGCUGGAUCGCCAAUGCCGAGAUCGCAGUUCGCGAGUUUAGUUCUCGAUUCUUCAGUUCUUAGGUCACAUCGCACGAAAGGGAUUUUAUUGAAAAGAAUCUCCCGUGCAUCAAAUGACACUCCAGACGUGAGCUCAGCGAUAUUUCAUGGAACAAUAGCUUUUAUUUUCCGUCUCCGCUCUUUUUUUUUUUUUUUUUUGUUUAACGCGACGAGCUUUUAAAAUUCUGACGUGUCUCACUUGAACGAGAAGCGAUCAAGUGAUUUAUCGCCAGGCGUGGUGGAUUUUAAUUUGCGAUCAUGAAUUGGAGAUUAACAUUGCGUCACACAUGCGAUAUCAGUUUUGUAACGCGCCGAAAUUCGACGCUGUUUCAUGUCGAUCGAACGCAGCUCGCGUUUGGAAACCAGGACACGCGCUACCGUGAAUUACCAAUUGAAUUUUUAAUUUCGCAGCUAACUCCUUUAUUCAUUCGCCCCCGCCGUCUAUUGGGUCGCGGUGUGUCAUUGCGUCCCGGGGAAGCCACAGAAAUUGGUACGGAUACGAGAGAGACUUGGAUCAAACAAGUUUGCGGACUCCCUGUUCCGGGAAGCUUGCGUUUAAUUAAUUUAAUUAAUUAAGUCCGACACGGAAAGGCGAGCGCGAGAACUGGCAAGCCGAAGGGCUGACGGCGGAAAUUCGCGGCGCGUCGGUUCACCCCGGCCGAAGAGAUUCGAUUUGGCUGCUCAGUCGAGGAACGAAUCCCGUUCGUCCGUUCCGCCCGGCCGUUCCGUGUAUGGGCCAUAAUUUCGAGCCUAGCCGUGUCACCCAGGCAUUGACCGUCCAUAAUAGCCUGUUGUGCCGCAGCGCGCCGUGGACAUCGUAAGCCACGUCGUGGAAAACGAUCUAUUCACACCAAAAGACACGUACACGCACGAGCUCGACGGAGAAGUACAAUAACGUGCAUUACGGUGCCCGAUGGGCGUGCUCUUAUGACGUUUUUGAAGGUCUUCCACUUUUCGAGAGGAUGUUCCCAUCGAAUUAAAAAAAAAAGUAUUAUGAGAAGUGAACUUAUGAUUGAUUUUCGCUUUCAAUCUCUUCUAUUGAUGUAUGCAUUUUUGUGAAUUUUGGAGCGGGAGGUUUGCGUCUCCUCUCUGUUUAAUCGCUUUAUUAAUAUUUGACACAGACAAAAAAUGUGAUAAUAAAAUCUAAAAUGUAUAAAAGGAGAAUUUUAAUUCGGUAUAUGUCGACCAUCGGGGAGAAAAAAAGCGAAAGGACGGAAAUUCGAAAACGUGGCGGAGCAUCCCGCAUCGGGUUGCAUCUUGGCACAAGCUUGUACACAGAUCGGCGAGAGACACGUUGUACACAUACAUACACACACAUACAUGGACACGCGCCAAAAAUGUGGUUGCUCCUGAAAAAAAAAACGAAAACAAAAAAAUAACGAUGUAAUGUGUAUAUUAAUACUACUGUAUGUCGUACGCUCUAAUGUUGUUUGAAGAGUUAUUUGCGAGUCAAUUAUCUGUGCCUAGCAGCCCUGUGCACCCUAUCAAAUGUACCACCGUUCAGAUGAAAAAGAAAUGUCGAAACGGAAGAGAAGGAAAACGGAAGCGAACGAAAGAGGGAGAUUGAAAAGCAAAGACGAAUUCAGGCAACACGGAAGGAGGAGGGAUGAUAAGAGCAAAAAAAAAAAAAGAAUUCGGAAAAAGAGAUGUGUAUAGUAUCGAGCAGAACACGACACGACACGUGUGUUUCUCACAAAUUGCACCCUGUAUACAUAGUUCGCACAAUGAUCUGUUCCUAUUUUGGAAUCAGUUUUUUCGAAUUUGCCAAGAAUGUAUAUCUACAGAUUCUAUAUGAGAAUAUAUAUAGAAAAAAAAAAAAA